UAAGCAGCUCUUCAGCCCAGCCUUCUCUCUCGAAGUUUGUGCAUUCAAACCAACCUUCGCUUUGCGUCGUUUCAAAACAUCCGGCAAAUCGUUUCUGCUCACAAUUCCAAAAUCACAGGGAACCAAAACACUUUGCAAACAACAUUCACAAAUCAAGACAACGAAGACAUACAUCACCAUGAGUAAUAACAACGUUGACAAUGGCAAGGCCCUCAACGACCUUGAACCUCUUCCAGAGGACUUCACUCCAGGCGACCGGGACGUUGUGAUCGGCAAGGGAAAGAAGUACUUUCAUCAUGCUGGUAACCGCUUCCUUCGUGAUCUCAUUGGCACCAUGUUGGAGGAGUAUUCGGAGGCUCAGACUAAGCCUGACAAGUCCAAUAUCAUCACUGAUGUGGUGGAACAUGUUCGCAAGGUGGGCCGCUUUGUGAAGCGGGAUGCGACGUCUGGCAAGUGGGUCCAUGCAGAGGACCUACUCUGCCGCGAGAAGUGCUCUCAGACCUUUCGGGAUCAUCUUGCCCAGACCUACCGAAGCAGCAAUACUUCCAAGAAGUUUAAGCGCCGGUGUGAGGUACAGAGGUACCCCUCCACCAUGAUGCUUCAAGAGGAUGCUCUGUGGCUUGCCCCCGAGCCCAAGCGCAUGCGUUUCAACCCAGAGCAAAGGGCUCCUUCUCCCUCUCCAACAUUCUGCCAACAGCACUUGUUCGAGUGGGAAUUGUCCCCUUUGUCCCCCAAGCCAAUGAUCUUCAACCGUCGUGCCUCGGGAUUGAACGGCAACGUGGUCAACCUCUUGGUGGACGCCUUUGGCAGCUUUCAUCCCGUGGACAACGAGGAAAACCCCUUCGAGCCGACUCCUUUGUCCAGCUCUACUUUGCCACCGCAAACGACUCUCGCAUCCUGGCCUUCGUUGCCUCGCAAGGCCGAUGAAGAUUCGUUGCCUUCCUUCGAACCCAGAGCCCUUCUAGACAGCUUCCAGCCUCUCCGAUCCGAGGUCAACGACGUUGCUACGUUCGAACAUAUCUUCGCCCCGGACCUUGAGGGUGACAUCCCUCAGCAGCAGUGUCUCUUCUACCAGCAGUAUCAGUUCCAGCAGAAGGAAAACGAUUGCGACGCCCUAGGUCCAAACAUUGCCGCUGCGUUUGCCGCUUAGCUAAGAGGGGAGGAGCCUAGAAUUGGGCGAGAACAGAAGAGAGUCGACCAACCAGCCUCUAGCCCCGUUGGUCUAUUACUGGCUGCAUUUUACAUACAUAGCAAGGUCUGCGGCCUAUAAAAGUAUCAUCUAGUAUCUACAUGUUUC